GUAUAGUGAUAUUGGUAUAGUGAUAUUGGUAUAGUGCUGUUGAUAGAGAGCUCGAAAUCGUGAUUAGGAUACAGAUAGUAAGAUAUCGAGGAAAAUUGAUUAGUUGUCAAGAUGGUGCUUAUCAACGGAGUCAAGUAUGCGUGUGAACGAUGCAUUAGAGGCCAUAGGGUGACCACAUGCACCCACACCGAUCAACCCUUGACCAUGAUCAAGCCCAAGGGUCGUCCUGCUUCCCAGUGUCAGCAUUGUCGAGAACAACGGAAACAUAAACAUAGUCAUGUUACUUGUACGUGUGGGAAGAAGGGGAAAUCUCCAGGAAUGCAUCUUGCGUCUUGUCUCUGUCAUAAAAACAGCCAUUGUACCUGCUCUUCCAAUCUGUCGAAGAAGAUUGCCGCUGCCGCCGAUAAGUCGAAAAAGAAAUCGUUGACUAAAAUUAAUCAAGUUAAUGGAACUUCUUCUUCCUCGACUUCGAUCAACUCAAUCAAUUAUAAUAACUCGGAGCUUAUAAAUAACGGCGCAGUUAAAGAUGACGCUUUUGCUAAUAUUGGUUCAAAUUACGUUAUUGAAGAUGUAGUGGUUCCUUUUGAAGCGGGUAAUGGGUUAUUUGAUUUGUUUUCUCCAAGUGUUCCUGAAAGCUCCAACUCAAACUUAAACUUGAACUUAAAUAGCGUGGGGGUAUCGCCUUCAAGCUCAAAUAAUCAUCAAUCAAAUAAUUUCAGUGAUUCAAGUUUAAAAGAUGAUCCGAUUAAAAAUCACAACUUAUCUCCGCCUCAUUUAUCUCAUGAUAAAUCUAAUCAACAUUUCUACGAUAAUGAUAACGAAGUUAAUGACCCUAUUUAUAGAAAUGCCAAUAAAAACUCUCAAGAAUUACCUCAACAACAACAACAGCAACAACAGCAACAGCAACAACAACAACAACAAGUUGAUUCAGAAAAAAUAUUGGGCUCCGAUUCUGAAGACGUGGAUAUGGUGGAAAAUAUGUUCCCUCUUUUCCCCUUGGUGGGUAGUUGCAGUUUUGAUGAUAGUAAAUCCUUACCAAUGCUGUCGAUUCCAACCCCAAAUAGUAACGACACUCAAAAUACUCAUCAUCCUAAACCUUUGAAACCUCAACACCAUGCCCACCCGCAAUCCCAGCCAAUCCAUCAUCCUCAUCCUCCGCAACAUACGGCAACUCAUUCUUCAAUACGGCCUAAGAGACCGGAAAGCGUUUUAUCAACCGCUUCGAAUUCUUCAAAUAUAUCAAAUAACAUCGACUACGGUUCUCAAAUCUUCAAUAACUCCUUUAAUCUUCCAAAUCAAUCAAACAGUUCAGCGUUCCCUCCCUUUGAUUUAGCAGAAGAAAGUGAUGAACAACAAUUAUCAAUGCCUUCAAAUGAUUCGAAAAAAGAUGAUAAUGAAGAUUUCUUCAAAGAAUUACAAAACCAAGUAUAUCAUUCGGAUAAUCAAAAACAAAAUAAUAAUCAAUUCAAUAAUAUCUCUAAUUUAAUUGAUUUCAACUCGUAUCUGAAAUUAGAUAGUUAUGAUGAUAUCUUGAAAAAUAUAAGAAAAGAAAAUAGUGUUAUUGAAUCAUCCCCCUCGGUUACAGCACAUUCGUCUUCUUUACCUUCUAGACAACCACUGCAAAAUGGCUACCAAAGGAAAAAGUUGAAUCAUAACGAAAGUUUCAAUAAUAAUAAUCAAGAAAAAAUUUUAAGUCAACAAUUUUCGCCUCUUCAAACUAGUGACUUGGAUAAAUUAUCAAAUCAGCAUGAUCAAUCACUCCCAAAUAACUACUUAAACUCUUUCUACACUCAAAAUUUAACUGAUUUACCAACUCCUCUCUUUAACGAGAUGAUGUCGCCAGUUAAAUUCGAAGAUAAAGAGGCUUGAU